CAACAACAACAACAACAACAACAGCAACAACAACAACAACAACUCGUACGGGAGCAACAACAACAACAACUCGCACGGGAGCAACAACAACAACAACAACUCGUACGGGAGCAACAACAACAACAACAACAACAACUCGCACGGGAGCAACAACAACAACAACUCCUACGGGAGCAACAACUACGAGUACAACGACAACAGUGGCUGAAGAAACAGGAACGGCGGCUACUACGCGAGCAAAGAAAACAACUAGAAGAACAACGACGAAGAAAAAGAAUUAGUGCUCAAACUGUGAACUCACGUGGUGGACUAACCACCCACAUUCAUUUAAUCCCCGCUCCAAAUCCAGUUCCGGUUCAGACAACUCUACCGCCGAGACCAAUUCGCCAACAUUCAUUCGCCGCUCAAAAUGGUAUACCAGUCAUAACAAUCGACUUGACGUCUCCGCCGUCGAGCCCCGUGCCGGUCCAAACAGUCGACUUGACGUCUUCACCGUCGAGUCGGAGACACAAUAUCGACUUGUGGGUGGACCCAAGAAUGGGAUAUACUAAUGGAUACAAGGUUAAUGACGUUUAA